CCUUCUUAAAGGGUCUCUACGUCAUAUUUUGUAUACUUAAAUUUGUAUUUGUCACACCCACACCGCAAUGUUACAAACUUAGUGUCAUUAAAAUCAAAUUUCCAAUAACCUAAAAACUCGGAUACAAUGGCAGCAAUACAUCGAGAGGCCAUCCAAAAACAAAUACAACAGGAUUGGGCAAAUCGUGAAUAUAUAGAGGUCAUCACGGGGAAUAUUAAAAAAAUUACUGAUUUUCUUAAUUCUUUCGACAUGUCUUGUAGAUCACGGAUAGCUGUUCUUAAUGAGAAGCUUACAACAUUAGAACGUAGGAUAGAAUAUCUAGAAGCUUGUGUAACAAAAGGAGAAACGUUAACAUAAAUUGAACUGACAACUCAUUAUUGAUAUUUUAUUAUGUUCUCUUACUGUAUACAAGUUUGGAGAAACGCUUGGAGAAAUUACAUUUUACUACUUCAAAUAUAUUAUUUAAAACUAACCUUAUAGGCUAGUAAAAUGAUAUUAUUGUAUAACUAAACAACUCAGUAAAGUUUCAUUUUACAUAAAAAGAAUAAUCUGGUUUUGUAUAUCUUACAUCAGGCGAUUUGUCAAAAUUGAAAGCCAUAGAUGUAUGUACAUACUUCAACUUUUCUGGUUUAUAACCUUG